AUGAUAUUUGAUGUUAAUGGGUUGGAUAUUGCUAUUGCUUAAAUAUCCUUAAAUUUCUUGGUUUCUACAUCAUUUUUAUUGAGAUCUAGAUGUAAUAAAAGAAGCUCUACAAAAUCUCAAAAAAAUAUUUUAAAAGUAUUGACAUAUUCUAUUUAAGAAAAUUACAAAAAAAUAAAGUGAAGAAGGUUUUUAAACAAAAAUAACUAUAUAAAAUUAAACAUCUACAAGUAAGUAUUAACUCUAUAGUAGUAAAAAAAAAUAUAAGUGGUUAAAAGUCUCUAAAACAGAAUGAAAUUGAUAACAUAAAUACAAAAAAAAUAUCGGUUGAACAUUAUCCUUAAUCUUCAGGAUUAUUAUACUCUCCUAACAAUAAAAUUUUAGGUUUUUAUUGAUUUAAUUAUUAGAGAAUGAUAAACUGAUGUCAGAUACUAAUCGAUAGACCCAUAGAUCAAGUUUAGUUCCUAUACUUUAAACACAAAAAUAAUAAACAAGUAGUAAAUCUAGUACUGCCAGCUAAAAUAUUGUUUAACAAAAUCAAAAACAAUAGGCUGAUCAAAAUAAAUCUAUCAUUAAAUAAUUGAAAGAGAAUCCUAGUUUUGUGGUAUCUAAACCAGUUUAAUGUUAAGUAUAUUAAUAAUAAUAUAUAGUAAUGUUAAGCUGAUAAUUCAGUAGAAUAAUAGGAUGAUAUUAUUACUAUUGAAAGAAAAAGAAACAUGAGUAUUCCAAAUGAAUCUAAUGAUGAUUAAAAUUUUCAAAAAAAAAUUGACUAAGAGAAAAAAGAAGAAAUAAAAUUUAAAAUUAAAUAAAAAGAAAUCUAAUAAACAUAGUAUAUCUAAUUACAAAACCAUUUCCUUUUAUUUUCUUGUGUAUUUUUUGUGCAAUCUAUUAUGCAAAAAGCCAAUUAUAGGUUAUAACUUUAUGAAGAAAUAAAUUUGAACAAUAUUUUGAAAAUAUAGUCAUUAUAUGCUUGUAUUGGAGCAUUAUAUUUUAACGUAUUUUAUGCUGCAUUGAUAACCUUUUUAGAAAAGGUUCUAAAAUCUAAUCAAGUUAUAACUCGAUUAUUAUUUACAGCAUAUAAUAUUUCAAUUCCUUUUUUUGUUUAUUCAACUAUUUAGGAAUAAAAUUUGAAUAUAAAUUUAGAGUUUUUAUUGAUAAUAGGAUGCAUUUAUUUUAUAUAAUUUCUAGUCUUUAUUUUCUGUAGAAUUACAAAUUGGAAAAAUUAUCCAUUAGCUUUGUUUUUGGUGUUUUGA